UAUUAGUGAUUGUCCGCGUUGGACCCUACAUUACAGCAGAAGUUGAUUUUGGUGGUUUUCCUUAUUGGAUAACAAAAAAGAAUAAUAUAGCAAUACGUCGUCCUAAUCAAGUUUAUUAUGAGUUGAUCGAUCGUUAUUUUGAUAAAAUGAUUCCACUACUAGUACCAUUACAAUAUAAUCAGGGUGGAUGCAUCAUUAAUUUUCAAAUAGAAGAUGAUACAGAUGUACCAUUGAUUAGUUUCAAAGACACACAUGCCUAUUACAGUUAUCUACGUGAUGCAUUAGUUAAACGUGGUAUUCACAGUCUAAUAAAUACUCUUUCAUGGCCUGAAACUAUAUCGUUAACAAAAGCAAUAAUUCCAAAUACAUGGGCAGCUCUUGAGUAUAAAGUAGAUUUUUCAACAUCGACGGCAAUCGAACGUUUAAGAAAACAUAUUAAAACAAAUAAUCCAUUUAUGGUUUUAGAAUAUUAUCCUGCUUGGAUGGAUUUGGAAGGAGAGAAACAUGCAACACUGGAUAGUCAGGUGUUUGCAGAAGGUGUAGAUAUUAUUUUAUCUAAAAAUGGUUCUAUCAACUUUUGUAUGGUAUUUGGUGGUACGAAUUUUGGUUUUUUUAAUGGUGCUGAUUGGGAGCUAACAUAUCAUGCAAUAACAACAUCGUAUGAUUAUGAUGCAAUGGUAACGGAAUGUGGCGAUGCACACAUAACCAAAUUUAAAGCUGUCCGUGAUGUUAUUGCCAAAUAUACGCCACUGGAACCAUUUCCGGUACCCCCUCCAUCAUCCAAAGGAUUGUACGGCUCGGUUAUAUUUAAUUUUAGUGCAUCUUUAUUAAAAAAUCUUGUUCCGUUUGAUGUAGUAUAUGAUGAUUUACUUAUGCAGUUUGAAUAUUUAAAUCAAAGUUAUGGAUACAUUCUUUAUACAACACAACUACAUAAUUUUACGGGUUUAACAAAGCCUCUGUUAUUACCAUGGAUGCAAGACCGAGCUGUGAUCAUGUUAGAUGGUAUCAUACAAGGUAUUAUUGGUUGGACAGAACGAGUACCGAUUACUGAAAUCAAUUUACAUCCUUUAAUAUCAAAUCCAAAUCCAAAACUUGAUAUUCUUGUUGAAAAUAAAGGCCGUUGUUGUGGUACCAAAGCUGGCUUCGGAUGUAGUUUCAAAGGAAUGAAAGGAAAACCAAUAUUAGGUUUAAAAGAAUUGGGGAAUUGGACAAUGACGAAACUGCCAAUGAAUGAUAUAUUAUCUGAUCAGUCAACUACAUUUACGUGGCUUAAUACAUCUACUCUCUCUCCAACAUUUUAUCGAUCAACGUUCACUAUUAACAAUGAAAACCCACUACAUUCUUUUCUUUGUACAGAUAAUUGGGGUCAUGGUUUUAUUAUGAUCAACGGCUUCAAUAUUGGACGAUUUAGUGAGAGAGGACCACAGCGAACACUCUAUGUUCCAUCACAUAUUCUAAGACGUGGUGUCAAUGAUAUACUGGUGUUAUACUGGCUACUUUCCACUAAACUGGAAAAUCCUUGUUGA